AUGGGAGCACAACGCAAAAGUCGUGGUGCUGGCGACCGGGUUCCCGACGGUGACGAUCAUGUGAUUCUCGAACCCUGGAGGCUCAGGUUCAAGAAUGAGUUUGAUGACGACGAUGAGGACAUUAAAGUCUUCAUGAAGCAAGAGGGCGAGGAUGCCGGAGCCAAUGCCGGAGCUAAUAUACAGGCCAACAUUGAGGCUGCAGCAGAUGGAGACAAUAAUAACCCCAUCUUAAUUGAGGAUGACCUCUAUCGCAGCAACCCUAAUGGUGGCAAUGGCAAUAACUGCCACGGCUUGGGGGCACAGGACCUACUACAGGCUAAUAAGGAACCGGUUGAUGAGGAGCUUGAGCGUAUCGUGAUGGCUAUUGACGGGCGACAUUGCGACAAAUACAAGUGGUUCAUAGAACGCUAUAUACGUCAGGUCCACGAGCCUCACGAAAUCCUAUCAAAGCAACUCUACUAUCGACGUGUCAUGGGAAAGCACAAGACAACCCAGAUCCGAGCUGACCCUAAAGGCAGAGAGAGAUGGGUUGUGAAAGGAAUGCGACCGAGUGCCUGCAAAAGACUCGACUACGAGGCUACGCGAGCUCACUUCACGGCUCGUAAUACAUCUCGCUCAUUAGAAUGGUCAUCCCAUAAAAAGCGGGUGCCUGCCGACCGACUCAGUGCUAUCCUUGCGGAAGUAACUAAGGCCUGGGACUGGCCCGAGAUAGUCACUGUCGAGAAUGUGGACCAUAUUCUCACUAUAGAUGACAUUCGUGACAUAGACGCCUACGACGGACGUCAGGGCCUUAUUAUUGGCGCCUUUCCUCCUCCCAACAGGGUCUCUGUCGAGUCAGAAUUAGAUGAUAUUUACGAUGCCGAGCCUGCAGUAAUUGGCAGCCGAGAGCCGCAAGCUUCUCGGCGUAGUAUCUUACAGCCCUCUCCAUCCCUUAGUUCUGCCCUCCUCUAUGCAAGCCCUCGUCCUUCACCCUCAUUGCUCGCCCGCCCCGAAGGAGCUUUAUAUAAAAGGGGUUAUCAGAAUGAUACCCAGGAGGAGCAUGGUGAAAAGAGGCAGCGCCUGAAUAAUGAGACUGAGAGCCGCCCACAGGAUAGCCAACGCCAGGAUGAGAAGAAGGUACGGCUCGAAGCCUUACAUCAAGAAUUCAUGAAGAAGAUGCUGGACCUCUCUAACAGAUAUCAUCGUCGCCGACUAGAGAUUGAGAUGGAACAUGAGACUGAAUAAUUUUAUCAACACGAAAUCCUUCUCAUCCUUUAUAUUAAGGUAUAUCCAGCGUGAGCGCUUAAGCUUAAAUUUGCUUGGCCUCUUUCAUCUUCAUGGCACACUUCUUUCACUUCAAACACUAGUCUAAAAGGGGAACUCUUCUCUUAUACCAGGGAUGGAAAUUCAACAGGGUUAUAGUUAUGAGAUUCGUUUGAUGA